ACGUAUUUCUGUGUAAAUUUCCAAGGGAAACGAGUAGAUAUAUUUAGUUUAGAGAAGUCGUACAUACAAUUAAGAGAUAGAUGCAUUGAUGGUAGUACCCUUCUCGUCUUCUUGUUGGCUCACAAUGUUACACUAUGAAUUACAUCCGCGUCACGGAUGAUUGUGUCGUUUAACUUUUUAAACGACUUCUUCCCUUUCGAGCGAAGACAUCGUACAGGAUUGUAUCGUCCGUCGACGUAUUUACGUAUAUAUAUAUACAUAUAUAUAUAUAUAUAUAUCAUUUUCGUGCGAAUGAUCACCGAUUUUAUUGUGAAUGAUUGAUCAUUAAAUAAUAUCGUCAUCUACGAAGAACAAGGAAUAAAAAUAAUGGAGAAAAGUAACAUACUGCUAUCACCUGGCCAACGUAUACGUCCUAAUAUGAACAAGGAAACUGUAAUCGAUCUUUUAUCAAAGAUCUAUGGUCUAACAGCGAUGGAUAUCCAAGAGUUGAAUGCUUACGACGAUAAAAAUUAUCACGUACAUUGUAAGGAAUCACAUGAGAAUCCUUAUAUAUCGGAAAUUAGCGAACACGGGUACGUUUUAAAGAUUAUAAAUUCUUUGGAUUCGCGAAAUACUCAUAUUAUAGAUGCGCAAACUGAAAUGUUGAUAUUUUUAAAUGGCCAUUUCAAUUGUCCGAUACCAGUUAAAAAUUUAAGUGGCACAUAUUAUAACAUGGAGAAGAUAAAUGAUUCCGAGGAAAGUCAUGUUAUAAGGCUUUUCAUUUAUCAACCUGGUCAAUUAUUAACAAGUGUAUCUUGGAAUAAGGAAUUGCUUUAUAAGGUCGGUUAUUUGGCGGCAGAUCUCGACGUGAAACUAUCGAAAUUUUAUCAUCCGGCCUUUGAGCAUCAUAGAACUAUAUGGAUGUUGAUGUCCAUGUCGAAACUCCAUUUAUUCGUAUUCGCAGUGCCAGAUGAGAAACGAAGAGAAUUGGUGUGCGACGUUAUCGAUACAUUCGAAAAAGAGGUAUUAAAGUUCGUACCUAUCCUUGAACAAGGCAUAAUACAUGGCGAUUUAAAUGAACAAAAUAUUCUCGUUAAUAAAGAGGGUACCGAUAUCGUGGCCAUUAUCGAUUUCGGUGAUACCCAAAAAACAUGUCUAAUAUUUGAAUUGGCCAUUGUCAUUUGUUACGUGUUAUUGGAACGUAAAGAUAUAAAUGUAGGUAAACACGUUAUCGAGGGAUACCAAAGUGUAAGGAAAUUGACAGAUUUGGAGAAGAAAAUUUUAAAGGUCAGUGUUUGCGCGAGAAUAUGCCAGAGUCUUGUGAUGGGCGCCUAUUCGCAUUUAAACGAUCCUAAGAAUAAAUAUAUUCUUACCACGCAAAAAAAUGGCUGGCCAUUGCUGCAAGAACUUUGGCCAAUGAGCAACGACGUUAUAUCGAAGAUCUGGGAUCUCUCCAAUUAAAAAAAAUAUAAACAAUUAUUUCCUUGUCGAUGUGAUUGCGAUAUCUUUUUCUUUUUUUUCUUUUGCAUUUAAAUCAUUUCCUUUUUAAUAUAUUUAAAUGAUAUGUCAAUUGAACGAGCAAUAAAUUAAUUAUAAUAUUAAUUAUAUAAUAGUCAUUUUUAGAACAAUAUUAUACAAUAUUAUAUAUUACUAUAAUACACUAUUGGGAACAACAACGUUAUGAUUUAUGCAGUGAUAUAUCCUCUGGUUUUAUUCGCAUUAGGCAAUUACAUAUUUACAUAGAUAGAAUGAACAAUAAUAAUGCUCUUCUCAACCAGUAAUAGUAAUAGUAAUAAUAAUA